AGGAGGACCGGGCAUCCCACAAUGCAACGCGAGAUCGCCGACUCUGUUCACUAUCAACACAUGGCUGGUGUGUUCACUACUUGCUAAUAUUUUUGUUGCUAUAAUUUUCCCUUUCUGUAAGCGUGUGCCCCUCCGCUACCAAAUGAAAGUUAAAGUCAUCGCAAGGAAUCCGGAUGAUUAUGUCCGGGAGACCAAACUGGAUAUUCAGCGCGUCCCCAGAAACUAUGACCCGUCCCUUCAUCCGUUUGAGGUGAGCAGGGAGUACACUCGAGCUCUGAACGCCACCAAGCUGGAGCGUGUGUUUGCCAAGCCUUUCGUGGCCUCGCUGGAUGGUCACAGAGAUGGGGUGAACUGUAUGGCCAAGCACGCAAAGAGCCUCUCCACCCUGCUGUCAGGCUCCUGUGAUGGGGAGGUGAAGGUGUGGAAUCUGUCCAAACACGAGUGCGUUCGGACGCUUCAGGCACAUGAAGGUUUUGUGCGGGGAAUGGUUGUGCGUUACUGUGGGACCUCUUUCUUUACGGUCGGUGACGACAAAACAAUCAAACAAUGGAAGAUGGAAUCACCAGGCUACGGAGAAGAAGAGGAGCCAAUUAACACCAUCCUGGGCAAAACUGUGUACACAGGUCUGGAUCAUCAUCAGAACGAUCCUGUAUUUGCAACGUGCGGCCAGCAGGUGGACAUCUGGGAUGAGCAGAGGAGCAGCCCGAUCCGCUCUUUCACCUGGGGUGUAGACAGCUUCAGCUCUGUGCACUUUAACCCUGUGGAGACUGAACUUCUUGCAAGCUGUGCCUCUGACAGGAGUAUAGUGCUCUACGACAUGAGGGAAUCUACACCACUUAAAAAGGUCAUCAUGACAAUGAGGAGCAACACGCUAAGCUGGAACCCCAUGGAAGCCUAUUACUUCACAUGUGCAAAUGAGGACUACAACCUCUACACAUAUGACAUGAGGUACCUGGCCAAGCCCAUCACGGUACACAUGGACCAUGUGUCUGCUGUGCUAGAUGUUGACUAUGCUCCCACGGGGAAGGAGUUUGUGUCUGCUAGCUUUGACAAGACCAUCCGAAUCUUCGCCAAGGACGGUGGACACAGCAGGGAGGUGUACCACACCAAACGCAUGCAACACGUCAUCUGUAUAAAGUGGUCUGCAGACAACAAGUACAUCCUGAGCGGCUCAGACGAGAUGAAUAUCCGACUGUGGAAAGCCAACGCAGCCGAGAAACUAGGAGUGCUGGCCCCCAGGGAGAGAGAGGCUGCCAACUACAGUCAGAAACUAAAAGAGAAGUUCCAGCACCACCCACAAAUCAGGCGCAUCGCUCGCCACCGACAUCUACCAAAGACCAUCUACCACCAGACCAAGGAGCUGAGGGUUAUGAAGGAGGCUCGUCGUAGAAAGGAGAGGAAUGUUCGCAAACACAGCAAACCAGGAAGCGUUCCCGUGGUGUCUGAGAAGGAGAAGCAUGUCGUCACUGUGGUGAAGUAGGCCAAAGCUGAAGGAGAGAAGAACUAGAGACUGAGAUUUCAUCUAUAUGGAUAUUUUUUCAGAUUUCUGAAGAAGAUUGAACUUGACUGUUGUGGAAAGGAAAAGGACACAGACUAUAAAAUGCAUUCAGACCAAGUAUACUCGGUUAGGUUUGGUUCUGUUUCACACUUUGCUUUGUGCAAGUUUGCGUUUCUCAACCCAGGAGCCACCUUGACAAUUAUAAAAAGUUAAGAUGCAUCAUGCUUGGAACCACUGAUGUUCAGCGUGAUGCAUGAUAAAUGGAUGCGUCAUUUUCUGUGAAUAAAAUGUAACAAAAUG